UCACGCAGAAUCGGAGUCCCAUUGAAAAACCUCAAAAGCUUGACAGCUGCUUGAAAGCCAGAAAUCUUGGAAUCUCCAAAUACAUACAAAAUAAGCUGAGAAAGAGAGACUUUACCAUCAAGAGAGAACGGAGAACAGAAACAGAGAUGGCAAGGCAAGAACCGAACUGUGAAGGAAGCUCAGUCGUCUCUGAUCUCAUCAACUUCCUCAACGCUUCUCCCACUGCUUUCCACGCCGUCGACGAGGCGAAGAAGCGCCUGCAAAACGCAGGGUACGAGCCAGUUUCAGAAAGAGAAGAUUGGAAAUUGGAAGCUGGUAAAAAGUAUUUCUUCACCAGGAACUACUCCACCAUUGUCGCUUUCGCAAUCGGUAAAAAAUAUGUUGCUGGAAACGGAUUCCAUAUAGUUGGUGCUCAUACUGAUAGUCCUUGUCUCAAAUUGAAACCCGUCUCCAAGGUAGUUAAAGGUGGGUACUUGGAAGUGGGUGUCCAAACCUAUGGAGGUGGCUUGUGGCAUACAUGGUUCGACCGUGACUUGACGAUUGCAGGAAGGGUGAUAGUAAGAGAAGAAAAAGAUGGCUCUGUUUCUUAUUCACAUAAACUUGUCAGAAUUGAGGAGCCCAUAAUGCGGAUCCCUACUCUGGCAAUUCACUUAGACAGGGAUGUCAGAGACGCAUUUAAGGUGAAUACGCAGAGUCAUCUUCUUCCUGUCUUGGCAACAUCAAUCAAGGCAGAGCUCAAUAAAGUGGUUGCUGAAAAUGGUCAGGCCGAUAGCGAUGCUCAGACUCAUGGAAAGAAAUCUAAUGAGAGAAACACCUCAAAUAACUCAAAGCAUCACUCACUUCUACUACAGCUGCUUGCAGAUCAGCUUGGAUGUGAACCAGAACACAUAAAUGAUUUUGAAUUGCAAGCAUGUGAUACUCAACCAAGCGUAGUAGCUGGUGCCACAAAAGAAUUUAUUUUCUCAGGAAGGCUUGAUAAUCUCUGCAUGUCAUUUUGUUCUCUGAAGGCAUUGAUAGAAUCUUCUGAAAGCAACCUGGAAGAUGAGACUGGUGUUAGAUUGGUGGCUUUGUUUGAUCAUGAGGAGGUUGGAUCUGAUUCCGCCCAGGGGGCUGGAUCUCCAGCCAUGUUAAAUACUCUUUCACGAAUUACAAACUCCUUUACCGCAGAUUCGAAGCUGCUUGAGAAAGCAAUCCAGAGGAGCUUUCUUGUGUCUGCUGACAUGGCGCAUGCCUUACAUCCUAAUUACAUGGACAAACAUGAAGACAAUCAUCAGCCCAAGUUGCACGGGGGACUUGUGAUCAAACACAAUGCAAAUCAACGCUAUGCAACCAAUGCUGUGACUUCCUUAAUAUUCAGGGAGAUAGCAAGGAAUCAUAACCUGCCAGUCCAGGAUUUUGCGGUUCGUAAUGACAUGGCAUGUGGUUCAACCAUCGGUCCCAUUCUUGCAAGUGGAGUGGGAAUACGUACAGUUGAUGUAGGAGCACCGCAGCUGUCAAUGCACAGCAUACGAGAAAUGUGUGCUGUUGAUGAUGUGCAGUAUUCAUAUGAGCAUUUCAAAGCCUUUUUCCAGGAGUUCUCUCAUCUGGAUGAAAAGAUUACAGUGGAUGCGUAGGUCUGCAGUCCUGCAUUCUUCAUCUUCUGUGAAGUUCAGUUGAAAGGAGUCUGCCAGUUGCUCUUGUGAGGUCUUUGCUUCCUCACCGAUGGAAAACACAGUAGUUGACUUAGGAAUAAGCGCUAUGAGUGGUUACUUUUGCGUUCAUGCAUUGUACUAUGCUUGGAGCAUCUUUUAAUUUAUUUUUCCAUUUACUUAAUCGUGCAUUACAUCUAUACUGUCAAUCUCUGAAAUUCUCACCGGAUCGAGAAAGUAAAUCAUAAAAAGCGAAAAAGCUUACUGACUUAUUGUUCA